AAACUCAACGCUUUUCCCAGCUCUAAAGUUUGGUUCGGAUCCUGCGAGAGAGAGACUGUUUACAGCAUCUGCGCCGCACCGCUGGAGCUUGUCAUAUUCUCGUAUCACUGCGCGCGGGUCUACAUUCUCUCGCGGAGGAGUCCGGCGGAGCUCCGAGAAGUUCCCUCAGGCCGCCGGCUGAAGACCGAGGGAUUGGCGAUCAUUCACGGGAGACUCGUGUCCAACAAACUCGGAGGAGCACAACACUAAGAUAAAGUCUUGUUUGGGCCCCGUUCUCCUCAUCUUCCUCCUCUGCGUGCUGGUGCGGGAGAAUGGCGCAGAUUUUACCAAUCCGCUUCCAGGAGCAUCUGCAGCUGCAGUCUCUGGGAGUGAAUGCGGAGAGCAUCAGCUUCAGCUGCCUGACUAUGGAGUCUGACCGCUUCAUCUGCAUCCGAGAAAAAGUGGGCGAGCAAAACCAGGUAAUAAUAAUCGACAUGAGUGACCCGAGCAACCCGAUCCGCCGACCCAUCACUGCAGACAGCGCCAUCAUGAACCCGGCAAGCAGAGUUAUCGCGCUCAAAGCGGCACGAACGCUCCAGAUCUUCAACAUGGAGAUUAAGAGUAAAGUGAAGGCUCACACCAUGACGGAGGAGGUGUUGUUCUGGAAGUGGAUCUCGGUGAACAGCAUCGCUCUGGUCACUGAUACAGCUGUCUUUCACUGGAGUAUGGAAGGAGAAUCACAGCCCGUUAAGAUGUUUGAUCGACACGCCAGUCUGGCCGGAUGCCAGAUCAUCAACUACAGGACAGACCAGCAGCACCGCUGGCUCCUGCUCAUUGGCAUCUCUGCACAGCAGAAUCGUGUGGUCGGAGCGAUGCAGUUGUUCUCGGUGGAGCGUAAGGUUUCUCAGCCUAUCGAGGGUCACGCUGCUGCAUUUGGACUUUAUAAACUGGAAGGGAACGCAAACACUUCAACACUCUUCUGCUUCGCUGUCAGAGGACAAGCUGGAGGAAAGCUGCACAUCAUUGAGGUCGGUCAGCCGCAGGCUGGAAACCAGCCAUUCACUAAGAAAGCAGUGGAUGUGUUUUUCCCUCCAGAAGCGCAGACGGACUUCCCUGUGGCCAUGCAGAUCGGAGCUAAGCAUGGCGUGAUCUACCUCAUCACUAAAUACGGCUACUUUCACAUGUAUGACCUGGAGUCUGGAGUGUGUAUCUACAUGAACCGCAUCAGCGCAGAGACCAUAUUCGUCACAGCUCCUCAUGAGAGCACUUCCGGGGUCAUCGGGGUCAACAAGAAGGGGCAGGUGCUGUCGGUGUGUGUGGAGGAGGAGAACAUUGUGAAUUACGUGACGAAUGUCCUCCAGAAUGCUGAUCUGGCGCUGCGGAUGGCGUUACGUAGUGAUUUACCCGGAGCAGAGGAGCUGCUGACACACAAGUUCAACACACUCUUCUCUCAGGGCAACUACACUGAAGCUGCCAAAGUGGCUGCGUCAGCUCCAAAGGGUGUUUUGCGGACAGCAGAGACCCUCCGCAGGUUCCAGGCAGUGCCGGCUCAGGGUGUGCAGGCGUCUCCUCUGCUGCAGUAUUUCGGGGUUCUGCUGGACCGCGGGCAGCUCAAUCAGCUGGAGUCAGUGGAGCUUUGCAGGCCGGUGCUGCUGCAGGGACGCACACCACUGCUGGAGAAGUGGCUGAAGGCUGAGAAGCUGGAGUGUUCAGAGGAGUUAGGUGAUCUGGUGAAGGCGGCUGAUGUCAAUCUGGCCCUCAGUGUUUACCUGCGAGGCAACGUUCCUGCUAAAGUCAUCCAGUGCUUCGCUGAAACCGCUCAGUUCCAGAAGAUCAUCCUCUAUGCAAAGAAGAUGGGUUAUUCUCCAGACUGGGUGACUUUAUUAAGGAGUGUGAUGAGGAGCGGUCCUGAUCAGGGACUUCAGUUCGCUCAGAUGCUGGUUCAGGAUGAAGAGCCGCUGGUGGACAUCAGCCAGGUGGUGGACGUGUUUAUGGAGGGGAAUCUGGUGCAGCAGUGUACUUCAUUCCUAUUGGACGUUCUGAAGAACAACCGACCAGAGGAGGGGCCUCUGCAGACACGCCUCCUGGAGAUGAACCUCAUUCACGCCCCUCAGGUAGCCGAUGCAAUCCUGGGCAAUCAGAUGUUCUCCCACUACGACCGGCCUCACAUCGCUCAGCUGUGUGAGAAGGCUGGCUUACUACAGAGGGCACUCGAGCACUACAGCGACCCCUAUGACAUCAAGCGAGCUGUCGUACACACACAUCUGCUCAACCCUGAGUGGCUGGUGAAUUUCUUCGGCUCUCUGUCUGUGGGCGACUCUAUUGAUUGUUUAAAGGCCAUGCUGUCUGCAAACCUCCGUCAGAACCUACAGCUGAGCGUUCAGAUCGCCACUAAAUACCAUGAGCAGCUCGGCACGCAGACACUGGUGGAGCUCUUCGAGUCCUUUAAGAGCUACGAGGGUCUGUUUUAUUUUCUGGGCUCCAUCGUGAACUUCAGUCAAGACCCGGAUGUGCAUUUUAAGUACAUUCAGGCUGCGUGUAAAACGGGUCAGAUUAAAGAAGUGGAGCGCAUCUGUCGAGAGAGCAGCUGCUAUAAUGCCGAACACGUCAAAAACUUCCUCAAGGAGGCUAAACUCACGGAUCAGCUUCCUCUCAUCAUCGUGUGCGACCGCUUUGAUUUUGUCCACGAUCUGGUGUUGUAUUUAUACCGCAACCGCCUGCAGAAAUACAUCGAGAUCUACGUGCAGAAGGUGAACCCCAGUCGUCUGCCAGUGGUGAUUGGAGGUCUGCUGGAUGUGGAUUGCUCUGAGGAAACCAUCAGGAACCUGAUUCUGGCCGUUAGUGGAGAUUUUAGCACUGAUCAGCUGGUGGAGGAAGUGGAGAAGAGAAACCGACUGAAGCUGCUGUUGUCCUGGCUGGAGUCUCGUGUUCAGGAGGGCUAUGAUGAGCCGGCAACCCACAAUGCUCUUGCAAAAAUCUACAUCGACAGUAACAACAACCCAGAGCGGUUCCUUCGGGAAAACCAGUAUUAUGACAGCGUGACUGUGGGCCGAUACUGCGAGAAGAGAGACCCGCACCUCGCAUUCGUGGCCUACGAGAGAGGACAGUGUGACCUGGAGCUCAUACAGGUUUGCAAUGAGAACUCGUUGUUUAAAAGCGAGUCACGGUAUCUGGUGCGGCGGAAGGAUCCAGAUCUGUGGGCUCGUGUUCUGGAGGAGACGAACCCCUACAGACGACCACUGAUCGACCAGGUGGUUCAGACGGCUCUGCCGGAGACGCAGGAUCCAGAGGAGGUGUCGGUGACGGUGAAGGCCUUCAUGACGGCUGAUCUGCCCAAUGAACUUAUAGAGCUUCUGGAGAAAAUCGUCCUGGAGAAUUCCAUAUUCAGUGAACACAGAAACCUGCAGAACCUCCUGAUCCUGACGGCCAUUAAAGCGGACCGAACACGGGUGAUGGAGUUCAUCAAUCAGCUGGAUAAUUACGAUGCUCCAGACAUCGCCAACAUCGCUAUCAGCAAUGAACUCUAUGAGGAGGCUUUCUCCAUCUUCAAGAAGUUUGACGUCAACACAUCAGCUAUACAGCUGAUUGCAUUGGUGUUUCGACCUUGUGUUUGUCCUGCUAAUGGAGCCGUUCUUUCAGUUCUAAGAUUAGGGCUGUUUCUCAGUUCCAAAAACACUGAGAACGGACUCGUGUUCUUGUGGAAACUAAGUUACCUCGGAAGAACGAACUCAGGAGACGACGAGAACAGAAAACACGUCCUCUGA